AUGGAAGCAGAAACAAACUUUUCACAAAUUUCCCCACCUAUUUUUGAUGGAGAAAGUUACGAUCUUUGGGCGGUGAGAAUGGAGGCAUACCUAGAAGGUUUAGAUCUCUGGGAAGCUGUAGAAGAAGAUUAUGAUGUUUCCGCGUUGCCAGAAAAUCCUACCGUAGCCCAAAUGAAAAUUCACAAGGAAAGGAAAAUCAAGAAGGCAAAGGCAAAAAGUUGUCUCUUUGCCUGUGUUUCACAAAAUGUUUUCACAAGGAUCAUGACUCUCAAAUCGGCAAAAACAAUUUGGGAUUAUCUAAAGGAAGAAUAUGCUGGAGAUGAAAGGAUUCGAAGCAUGCAAAUAUUAAAUUUAAUGAGAGAAUUUGAAAUACAAAGAAUGAAGGAGACAGAGACAAUCAAACAAUACUCUGACAAACUGCUUGGCAUUGCUAAUAAGGUACGAUUACUAGGAACGCAAUUUCUUGAUUCUAGAAUUGUUGAAAAAAUUCUAGUAACUAUACCUGAAAGAUAUGAAGCUUCAAUAGCAGCUUUGGAAAACACAAAGGAUCUGAGUAAGAUCACUUUGGCAGAAGUGUUACAUGCAUUGCAAGCAUUAGAACAAAGGAGGCUUAUGAGAGAAGAAGGAUCCGUGGAGGGUGUAUAUUUAGCCAAAUGGAAGAACAAAAAUAGUGGCAAAAACAAGAAGAAGGAAUUGUUUCAAGAGAACAGUCAACAUAAUAACACUCAAAUUUUUCCACCAUGUCCUUAUUGCAAAAAGACUAAUCAUCCACAACAAAGAUGUUGGUGGAGACCUGAUGUAAAAUGUGACAAUUGUGGAAAAUUAGGACACCUAAAACAUGUAUGCAAAUCUCAUGAGCAACAAGAAGAAGCCAACAUUGUUGAAGAUCAACAAGAAGAGGAAGAAGAAGAACUACUUUCAAUGUCAUGCUUUAUGACCAAAAAACCCUCAAAAGCUUGGAUUAUUGAUAGUGGUUGUACAAAUCAUAUGACCUAUGAUCAAGAACUCUUCAAAGAACUAAACAAAACUGAUAUCUCUAAAGUUCAAAUGGAAAAUGGAGCACACCUUACAGUAAAAGGCAAAGGAACACUUGCUAUUAAAAGUCAUUUAGGUUUUAAAUUAAUAGCUGAUAGCAGCAUUUGCAGCUGCUCCACCAUCCUCAGCAGCUCCACCCCCCCAAAGAAAGGAGCCUGGUCCCCAGGCCAACCAGUAUAA